GCUUUCGCUCGCUCUCUAUCUCUCCUUCGUCUAUCGCUCCCUCCACUCCGGCUCCUCUACCCCGCACAGCUUGCCAGCGAUGGACGCAGGACGGAUGCUAGGUAUUAGCGUGCCGGCUGCAGGAAAGUCCAGUUUUGGGCAACAUCUGCUGGGACCGUCCCUGAUUUCUGGUUGAUUUCUGGACCGUUCGCUCCUUUUGCUGACCUUGCUGAUUAUCCCUCCUCAAGUGCAACAAUGAAGAGUUGAGUCUGAAUUGUUUUCUUUUGAGGGUGGAUCUGGAACCGAGCUAGCAAUAAGGAGUCGGAACCUCACCUGGAUCCGUAAAGAGGGUUUUAUAGAAGGCUGAAGAUAAGUUUCUUCGUGUCUGGACGGCUGUAUGGAUGUGUUCGGAUUCUCGAAGAUGGCUAAACUGUCCAGCCACAAGAGCAAAUCAUCAGGCUGGCCUCCACCCACGGGCAGCUGGGCUGGGCUGCAGGGAGCGCCAUACGGAUGGGAUAUGGCCUCCGUGAGGGACACUCGGGACUGCUUCAGCAAUCAUGUGUCUCAGAGCAGUUCUUUGGAGGAGGUUCGUCUGGACGGAGGUCAGCUGCUCCCCCCAGCUCCUCGGCGGGUGGAGAUGAGGAGGGACCCUGUUCUGGGCUUCGGCUUCGUGGCGGGCAGUGAGAAGCCGGUGGUGGUUCGCUCUGUCACUCCAGGAGGUCCAUCAGAAGGGAAGCUGGUCCCGGGGGAUGAGAUCAUAAUGAUAAAUGAUGAAGCUGUCGCCUCAGCCCCGAGAGAGCGAGUCAUUGACCUUGUCAGAAACUGUAAGGAGUCCAUCCUGUUGACUGUUGUCCAACCAUACCCAUCCCCCAAAUCAGCCUUUAUCAGCGCAGCCAAAAAAGCCAAGUUGAAGUCAAAUCCUGUAAAAGUGCGCUUUGCAGAGGAGGUCAUCAUCAACGGACAGGUUCCGGACACUGUGAAGGACAACUCGCUUCUCUUCAUGCCAAAUGUUCUGAAGGUGUAUCUGGAGAACGGGCAGACCAAGUCGUUUCGCUUCGACAACAACACGUCCAUCAAGGAUGUCAUUAUGACCCUGCAAGAGAAGCUGUCCAUCAAGUGCAUUGAGCAUUUCUCCCUCAUGCUGGAACAGAGGACGGAAGGCUCCGGCAGCAGGCUGCUGCUCCUGCACGAGCAGGAGAUGCUAACUCAGGUUACACAGAGGCCAGGUUCACACAAAAUGAAAUGCUUUUUCAGAAUCAGCUUCGUUCCAAAGGAUCCAGUCGACCUUCUUAGGAGGGAUGUGGUAGCAUUUGAAUACCUCUAUGUCCAGAGCUGUAAUGAUGUGGUUCUGGAGCGCUUUGGCCCAGAGCUGAAGUACGAUGCUGCUCUUCGUCUCGCUGCUCUGCAGAUGUACAUCCUCACCCUCACCACACGACCGACGCAGAAGAUUUCGCUGAAGUACAUCCAGAAGCAGUGGGGUUUGGCACUUUUCUUACCCCCAUCGGUGCUCUCCAGCAUGAAGGAGAAGAACAUCAAGAAAGCCCUGACUCACAUCCUGAAAACCAAUCAGAAUCUAGUGCCUCCUGGGAAGAAAUUAACCAUUCUGCAAGCAAAGGUUCACUAUUUGAAGUACCUCAGUGAAUUAAGACUAUAUGGAGGAAGAGUUUUCAAAUCUAUCUUAUUGCAAGGGGAAAAGCAAACAGACGUUACAUUACUCGUAGGACCGAGAUAUGGUAUCAGUCACGUCAUCAAUGCCAAGACCAAUCUAGUGGCCCUACUGGCAGACUUCAGCCACGUAAAUCGCAUUGAGAUCCUCACAGAAGACGAGGUCAAUGUGCGGGUAGAGCUACAUGUCUUGGAUGUCAAGCCUAUAACAUUGAUAAUGGAAUCCAGUGAUGCCAUGAACCUGGCUUGUCUAACAGCUGGAUACUACCGUCUUCUAGUAGACUCCCGGCGCUCCAUCUUCAAUAUGUCCCACAGUAACAGCACAGGAGAACUGGAAAGUUGCCAGGAUCCUAGAGAACUUGAGUGGCCCUACAGCACCUCUUUGGGCAUGUGUGAGGAUCCCAAUCUUCAAGAAAGCACGACUUUAUCCUAUCAACCUGAAUCUGAAAACCUCCAGGACCAAAUAGUAGAGAACAUUAUAACUUCUCCUUAUUCCCCGGAGCCUCAGCAACUUCAGUAUUCAGUCCAAAGUGGAGAGAGAUCACCAGCUCGGUGCAGAAGCCUCCAACCUCCUCCUCUUCCACCAGCAAGGCUUCGACCCCAGGACUCACCAAGGAGUGCGAAGGUGUCCUUUAUAUUUGGGGAUCCACCCUUGCACAGUGUAAACCCUCAAAAUCUUGGCUAUCAGCGCCUCAUGGACGAGAGUCCUGAGGUACCUGAGAGGCCUGCUUUUAUGCAUAACAAUGACGUAGGCUUUAGGACUCCAGACGGAGCAUCAUUUCGGAUCAGACCCAAUGUAAUCUACAGCAACAUUGGUGAAGGGAAAAUCUUUGACAGUGCUGAAGGUAUCGAGGAGCCUCUUUUGCGUGAUUUAUGCUAUGCUGAAACCACUGACGAUGCAGAGGAUGAGGAUGAAGUUAGUGGUGAAGAGGAUGCUGCUGCAACACCUGGAGAGGGUGAUCCAGGAUUGCCGCCAAGCAAGGCAACAUUCCUUACCCUCUCUGGCUCCAGCGAUGAUAUCAUAGACCUGACAUCCCUUCCACCACCAGAGGGCGAUGAUGACGAAGACGAAAAUGAUGCAGUUCUUCACUCCCUCAACAUGGCCAUUGCUGCUCCACCUCCUGGAUUCAGGGACAGUUCUGAUGAGGAGGGCACAGAGGGCAAAAGCCAACCACAAGGUUCCUGUGAUAAUGACAGUAUCCCUGUGUCACUGAUUGAUGCUGUCCCUACGCAUGGGGAAGGUAGUGGUCCCAGGAACUUGGAUCAUGCUGUUGUGGACACACUGCAAGCACUAGAAGCGCUUGCUGUAUCUGAGGACACCAACCAAUCUCAGUCCAGCAACAGUGCAGGUAACGGCAUAUCACGAGCAUUCAGUCCAGAGUCCUCGUCAGAUUCAGGAAACGAGACCAACUCCUCCGAGAUGACUGAGAGCUCAGAACAGGCUGCAGCCCACAGACUCUCUGAGAAUUCAAUGCGUCUUCUGGUGGCCACCACAGAAGGUUAUCAGCCUCUUCAGGAAGAGAAGACCGAAUUUCCUGUGUCCCCCUGCUCUAGAGGGCCGAUUCCAAAGCCGCCACGCAGUCCCUCUCGUCACAAAGACAUGCAGACCCAGUCUGUGACAGUGCCUUCAAAGCUUAAUCUACCUUCCUCUGAUAAUCUAGAGAUGGAGCCGGAGACAAUGGAAGAUAAGGCCUUGGGUAAUUACAUGGUCAAAGCGCACUCAAGCACGCUUUUAAAUACGGGCAAGAGAUCUAAAGCAACAACAAGUGGGGGCAAGCGACACAAGAAGUUAGCAGACGCUGCAGGAAAGUAUAACACUUUCAGUGGAAGAGAAAGUCAUCGAAGGAGCCAUUUCGAUGUUGAAAGGACCUCAUUCUGUGAAAGGAUUCAGGGGCGACAACCUUUGCUAGAAAAUGAGCCUUUGGAAAAUCAGCGUGAAGAACCUCUUGGCUCUGGAGGAAACCUGACAGUUAAUAACAGUACCAUGAUGAUUGACCAAUCUAGUGCGGUUCCUCUAUCUCCAGUGAAGAAGCCUCAGGAUCCUGGACAGACUGAGUUCCAUAAGGAGGAUCAACAGGUUCAUCCACCACUACGUCAAGGUGUGGCUCGAUUGUGUGAGUACCACCUGGCCAAGCGCAUCUCUUCCCUGCAAAGCGAAGCUCAGAAUUCCCUGCAGAGUUCCCAAUGCUCGUCUCUGGAUGCUGGCUGCAGCACAGGGAGUAGUGCAUGCGCAACCCCAAUGGACUCACCCCUUUGUGCUCCUGACUGCAAACACCCUCUUUCUGAAUCCUCCUCCUCCCUCCUGCUCACAUCAAGGGACCUCCACCCUCAUGCAGACCCUGCUCUCCUGAGGAAGAUGCUGCCAAACGUACAUCCUCCUGGAUCUGAUCCAUCCCUCAAUGCCAGGCCAUCAAAAAUCAAAGAAACCACAGGUACAGCUCGAAGGAGUAAUCUUCUCAGUGAUCUGCAUGCAAAACAUGGCAGUGUAAGAAGUCUUAACACAAAAGAGGGGAGUGAAGCUUAUAGGCAGUUGAUAAACUAUCUAACAGUCAGCCAGAUGCAUCAGGGAGGCAAACUACAUAGGGCAGGAAUGGGGGGAGGCAAAAAGGACAGCAGAAGGCAUGUUACAAACAACCCUCUCCUUUUAGACCUUGUUAGAGGUAAAGGGAACGUUACUGGCAGAUGUCCCUGCAUGCCACCCUCGUCCUCACCUGUUCACAGUUCAAAUCUAGUGCACCUGAAUGCAGCUCCUCUAAGACCAAACAAAGGUCCCCAAAUGUACCACUCGGCCACCUUACCUGCUAAAUUGAAGAGGAGUCCUGACUUGCAUGCUCAGAGACCCGCAAGCAGCCUUGAAAUCAGGCCCAGUCUUUCUGAACGGAGAAGUUCAUUUUCCGGCCUCGAGUGUGACUUAGUGCAAGGUUUUAACACUGAUCGGUUCCUUUCUCUAAAUAGGAAUCGCAGCGGAGGCACACCCCAUACCAGCCCAGAGGACUGGCACAAAUCUGACUGCAGGAUGACACAUGCUGUCCAGCAGACGCCUAACGAUUCUCUUUGUCUCUCUAAUACCCCUAGUGUAGCUCGCACAGAACACCCUGGAAUGCAGUUGGGAGGAGGAGGAGGAGAGCCGCCUGCUAUUUUACCAAGGCACGUCAGAACCUGUGCCAGCCCCCCACCGCCACCUCCACCACCACCGCCGCCUCCACCGCCACCACCACCACCACCUCCUCAGCCAUUGUCAAGUCUCUCAAUGAACACCAGCACCAGCUACAGUGUGUCGAAGCAAGAGCAAUUCAUCCCUCUGAGACAGAACCAUGUCCAUAUGACUCCUCAAGGAUUCCAUCAGUGCGACACCUCUAACUCUAAUAGUCUGAGGAGGGGCAGGGAACUUAGAAGAAGUUCCAGUACUAUAACAGCUGGUUCUGGAUCUAUAGAAGCAUUCUUCGAGAAAACGAGGACACCAUCCGUGGGGAGAAUCCAGCAGGGCAAUUUCCAACCAACUGAGCCACAACUGCAGAGAAGACCCACCAAGAAGAAGCUGUCAAAAAGCUACUCCCAAGGUUCCAUGGCUUCCCAAACAAACUGUUGGUCUAUGGGCAGUAGGGACAGCAGGAGAAGCACCUCUCUCAUGCUUCCACUACAGAAAGACACGAAGCAGACGAAAAACACACAGAAGCUGGACUCCAGUCCCUGGAGGUGCAACGGUCCAUUCAGUUACUGCUUCUUCAAAAGGAAAAAUCAGACAGAGGAUGACGAAGGAGAUAUGGAAGGCUUGAGAAGGCACUGUGGCGACCUGAAUGAAGCAGGUCCUUCCCAGUAUAAUCCCAACCCUGUUCUGGACAGUACAGGAGAGCAGCUAUACGGUGAAGUUCUGAACAACAUGAGCUUUUCGGACAGACUAGCCCGGAUAAAUGCACUGAAAGAUCGCAUGUAUGUCUUCCCUGCUGGUUUCUCUGAAGUUCGGAGGGAUGCAAGCGAGCUAAUUGCUCUGGUGCGUUCCAGUGUAGGCAGGGGUGACCGAGGUACUCCACCUAUGCAGGCACAAGAGCUGUCCCAGUAUAAGCAGCUGCUGGCGAUUGAGUCUAAAGAACUCGGGCGGGCAUGCCGAAGGAUGUCCCAAGCACACGGGAGCCCGGAGGAGAUGCUGCUAGCAGUCACUUGUAGUUUCCAGGUGCUUUGCUGCUUAUCUGAGGUCUGCAUGUGCUUGGUGCGUGGCCUGGGGUCAUCGGCCUCCCAGCAGCAGCGUGAGGUUGUAGCUAAGGUUGACGAGGUUGUUAUGAACUAUAUCUGCCUGCUCCGAGCAGCAGAGGCAGCCUCCGGUAGUGCCCCGGGGGACCACAGCGUUAAGGCACUUGUUCGCCACUCCAGCACCAUGUCAGCUAUCGCCAACACCCUCACCCGCUCCCUUAAAACACUGCUCAGCAAGUAGGCCUCUUCUGACGUCCCUGACUCAGUCUGUUAUUUGCAAAGCCAUACAUGGACAUCUGGGUUGAGUGAAGAACCCAAAAUAAUAUACUGUUAUGAAUAAUCACGUGAUGUGCAUACUUAUUUUGUAUGUAAAAAUGUACAUACAUAUACAUUUUAAAUAUAUACAAAGCUAUAGAACUUUUAAAGGAGCUUUAAAACAUUAUCCGUCUAAUCCAAAUAUCUUAAAAUGCUGUACUGUCACAUGUUGCAGUUUUAAAAAAAACAUAGAGUAUCAGAUUAGGUGGCUUUUGAGAGUUGUAACACUCAGCAUUUAAAAAUGGCUUCUUAACACAAUUUUUGUUUUUUAUUGAUUAAAUGCUGAAGGAGAUCAAUAUCACACAGAAAAAAUGGGAUAAAUGCAAUAUUUAUUUAUUUAAUAGAAAUAAUUAAUUUCAUAGAAAGUAAUAUAAAAUAAUAUUUUAUGUUUUUUUGUGCAAAAACAAUGAAUAAGGAUUUAGAUUCUACUUUCUUUAUAUUUUUGACAUUUUGUUGAUUUUGUUGUUUGUGCUUUCAGGUCUUGUUUAAAUGUCUCACAGGCCACAAAAACGUCCUUUUAUUAUUUUAAAUUAUACGCUUAAUUACAAUCAUUCUUAACUUCUUCCACAAACUUCAAAAUCCAAAUCCCAAUAAUGCAUUCAAAGAGCUGAAAAAAGCAAUCUUCAACAGGCUAUAUUGAUUCAUUAUUGAUUUGUGACUGGUUUAAUGAUUACUUCAGAACAGCUCCAGAUUCCUAUCUUCUGUAAAAGAAUCUGUAAAAAAGUUUUUCUCAUCCAUUGAGCAUUUUUAACACUAUGUAUUUUACAGGGCUAUCACAGACUGUGAAAUUUGAUUUUAAAGGAUUUUUUUUUUUU